GAGUGCAAUGUUAGGAAUGCCAAGUGGUCGAAGUUAGUAGUAGCAGUAGUGGCUAAUAGAAUAGAAAUCGUUUGAGCUGUUGGCUUAUACUUACGUGUAUAUCACAAAUCCCAUUACAUAUCCUUUUCACGAACAAAUCGUUGUACAUUAUUGUGAGUGGACCAACUACCACAAGUAGAAACAUACGCACGCGCUUUUUCGGCUGAUCAACGCAGCUCAAAUUGCGCGCAAAGCUCUCAUUUACUUAACACACCGGCCGGUUAAAUUUUAUUUUGGUUUUUGCACUUAUUCUGAACUGUUCGUGUAUCAAAUCACAAACUUAUUAAAUUACCGUCACUAUUCACUUAUACACUGAAGCACGUAUUUUACUAGAAUAUAUGUAUGUCAUAUACAGCAUACAUAUAUAUUUCUAAAUGUUACAAAAAUAGAUUGAUAUGACUUCUUUUUGGAUUCUACUUGUUUAUAUGUGACGAGAGACAAAUUACAGUACGACUAAAAGCUAGCAAAGAAGUUACAUCUAUUCAAUUUUACGUAUCUUGGAAUUUUUAUUUGAUUUUAUUUCACUUUAAACACUCGAAAAGCAGACCUGCAAGAUAAAAGUAUUUUUUAAGACACAGAUUUCGUUUGGUGUGAAAUUUAAUUAUCAACUUUUAAGAAGAAACGUUGCUAUAUUACUGAGUUUAAGUGUUCCAUUGAAUUUGAUAUUGUUGUAAUAUUAAAUUAUCAGUUUUUCAUUUUUUCAUUGAAAAGGAAAAAUAUUUUGUGAGUGAUGGCGCAAUUAAUAAGCGUCAAAUUGUCAAGGUUUGACGGAUCUCCUUGGGGCUUUCGGCUUCAGGGUGGUAAGGAUUUUGGAACACCACUUAUUGUGCAAAAGGUAAAUAAUGGAUCUCCAGCUGAAGCAGCAGGUUUAAGAGCUGGUGACGCGGUAAUUAAAGUAAAUAGUACGGAGAUGUUUAAUUUGCGUCAUAAAGACGCUCAAGAUGUGAUUGUACGAGCUGGGAAUAAUUUCGAAAUGACUAUUCAGCGAGGAGGAAAUACAUGGCGUCCAAGUAUUUCACCAGUUACUCCAUCAAUUCCAUCACCUCAACCAGCUCUUUCAGCUAGCAGUAUUUCUCCUGUCACUAAAACUUCAUUAGCUGCUAACAAAAAGCACGAUGGACCUCUAAUAGGAAGUGGUCACAAUUUUACUGCAAAACCUUAUCCUAAUGGAACAAGUGAUUCAUCAACAAUUAAGUCUAUCGUUAACAAACAGUACAACAGUCCAGUGGGAAUCUACAGCGAACAAACGAUAGCUGAAACCCUUUCAGCACAAGCUGAAGUUCUAGCCGGAGGAGUUUUAGGUGUUAAUUUUAAAAAGAACGAGAAAAACUAUAAUGCCGAAAAUAGUCAAGUCUUUAAAAUGGUUCAAGAAGCUGAUAAAGAACCAAAAACUCCAGAACCUACUGAACCUGCAGUACACUGUGGAGUGGUUACAUCAUCAUCGCCAGCCCUCAGUGGACUUAAAUCAGUAUCUGCACCUGAAACGAAACCUCCAUCAACAUCACCACAAUCAAGUCUACCGCCUGGUCAAAACAUUUGUGCUGAAUGCGAGAGGCUUAUUGUUUUAAACUGCGUUUUAGAAGGCUAUGCAAUUAAUGAACGAAGUAAUCACUUAAAAUCGCCAUCAUUUCCGGGUAAUGAUUUUUAUCAAAGUCAAUCGUUAAAACAUUACGGAGCUACUUACUGUAAUUCAAUUCAAGAUCACUCUGAUUGGAUAGUAAAUAAUCAACUGCAAGGCAGUCAUCAAUCAUCAAAGUCUACUUGCAUAUCUGGCAACCAAAACAACGAAAUCACUUGUCACAAGUGCGAUCACGUGAUCGUUGGAGUCUUUGUGAGGAUCAAGGAAAAAAAUCUUCAUGUCGAGUGCUUUAAGUGUUCAACAUGCGGUACAUCUCUCAAAAACGUUGGCUACUAUAACAUAAACAAUAAGCUCUACUGUGACAUUCACGCAAAACUUGUGGCAAGACAGCAAGCAUCUAAUAGUGGAUAUAUUCCAGUUACUGUUCCUCCCAGUGGGAAAGCACCAGCUAGUACAAUCUCAAGUGCCCUUGGCAAUCUUCAAAGCCACUCACCUAUAUCACCUCCUCCUCCUACUAAUGGUACUAGUAUUCCACCCCCAUUUUCGAAACGCAACAGCUUUCAUUCAUCAUCAAACAAUGAUUAUGGAAAUACGACAGAUGAAUAUGACAGUGUCAAUAUCAACGAGCUGUCAUCACAUGCAAAUGGCAAUAUGUUGAGAAAUAAUAUCAACGAUAAUCGAAACAACUAUAAUGAAAGAAUGUACACGAGUACCAUUACAAUAAGGACCAGAAAUGAGGUUGAGGCACACCCUACUAACAUCAGUGGUCCAAAACCUUUUGGUGGUAUUAACAACACAGUUUCAACACCUCAUUCAGCUCCAAUCUCCAAUUCAAUUGGUAGUAAUUUUGGUCGACCACCAAGUCAAACAGUUACUGAAUCUCAUCACUUGGAAUGCAAUUUUUCGGAAGAGGUAGACAUAGUUGAAACACAAUCAAGUGUUGGUGAAAACUCAAGACCACCAUCUUCAGUAAAAAGCAAAAGUUUACAGUGGCCUCCAGUGAAAAAUAUAGAAGACAUAACUUAUCCUACAGCUAGUCCAAUUUGGAUUGAUCCAAAUCCAGUUUUAGAUCGUCUUCCCAAGCAUAACGUACCAGAUAAGCGUAAAGAAAUUCAGGAGGUUAUUAAGAAAAAAAGUGAAAUAAUAAAUCAGAGAAAAGAAGAAUUUAAAAAAGAAAUAUUCAGUCAUUGUUAUCAGGAAGAACAAGAGCAAGAAACUCAAGCAAUGGAUCAAUCAUGUAAUGCACCAUUUUAUCGGAAGACUGAGACUCUAGAGACACAAAGACAAUAUCGACGUUCUAGUGUUUCACGUCCGGACUCGGCUGAAGGUGUCAGAAGGUCUUUGACACCAACGAGAAUAAAUCAACCGAUACCAAAACCCUGGACAGGAAGUUCAUCAAUUGAUGGUACAUAUGGUCAUGUACAAGCUCCUGUUCCUCCAGAACCACCUGUCUGUCGAAAAGUUUGUACUUGUCAAAUCAUUUGUGAGAGAACUUCUGGUCCAGCUGGUCCUGAACACGAGCAAGAGCAUACUUAUCAUGAAGUGAAAUGUGAAUUGUGUAAUCCACCACCACCAACACCACCACCACCACAAGUUUGUGAAGAAAGUUAUGAAAUGCAACAAGUAGAAGCUGAGGAAAUUGUUGAACAAGAAACAGAUAAUGAAGUUAUUGAUUUGUCUAAAGUAGUUCCUGAAGAUGUUGCAGUGUGUCCAAAAGGAGUUGAAAACCAGCACAAUAUGUAUACUGAAACGAUGGAGAAAGAUGAAGGAAACCUUCAUAUUAAAAAGACUACAGUUUAUGAAAAAACUGUGGAAAUAUUGUCACCAAACCGAGCAGGUUCUCCAGUUACUGAUACAAGAACGUCUUCAGCAAUGGAUGGAGAAGUUGAACAUUUGUCUAACCGUAAAGAGUACGUAGACUCUGCUGAAUUUAUUUCCUCAAGAAUUGAGACUAAUCGAAUGAUAGAAGAAGCAAAACAAGAAAAUUGUAAACGUCAGGAAAUGUAUGAAGAGGAAUGUAGACGAGAACAGGAAAGAAUAAGGAGAGAAAAAGAAGCAGAAGAACAGAGAGAAGCGAAUCGUUUGAGAUUGAUUCAAGCUGAAAAAGAAGAAAAAGAACGUCGUAUAGCUGAGCAAAGGAGACAAACAGAUUUAAGAUGUCGUCAAGAAGAACAAGAAAGAUGUAAUAGUCAGGCUAGUUAUUCAACAAAUGAAAGAAAUUAUGGUCAAUCUCAACAAGCUUCUGAAGAACGUUACUAUAAGAAAGAGAUGAAAAUUCAAAAUAAUGUUGAAGAAGUUGAUCAAGAAUGUCGAAAGAGUUUGCGUCAGCAGGUAGAAGUUCAUAAGUGUUUGAGAGAACAGCAAGCUCCAGAAAAACGUCAACCAACUCUUCAGGAACGUAGAUUAGCUAAUAGAUUCAGACCUCAAUCUCCACCUCGUCAAGAGACAGCUUCUUGUCAACGAAAACAUGUGCAGUUUGUGACAGAUACAACUGAAGGAGCUCGUCCUUUACAAACAGCACCAGUUAAAAAUAGUACGCCAAAAGAAUGGAAGUCAGAAAUGGUAAAUGCUCUUACUACUGCACCUGAAAGGUCAUAUUCACCGUUCCAGAUGUCUUCAAAUAUGUCAGGUCAACAAGAAAUUCAUGAGCAAUAUGGUUCAACAAAACAAAUGUACUCUAGUCAAGUAAGAUAUGAGGAAACUUGCAGUUCUUAUCCUCAACCUGCUGAUUAUCCAAGACCCGAUUCGCCAUUUACAAGUGCUUUGACAAUUGCUCCAGAUCGUCCUUACACACCUCUUGGUGAUGAAAAUGAUAGAAAAUAUGGAAAUGUGAUGUGUGUUGAUCGAUCAGAUACACCAGUUAAUCAAACAACUCCUCAAGGUUAUUGUCAUCCAGCCGAGAUUCUUUACACUGACACAAAAACUCGUGAAUCAAGAUCUCGAGAACGUAAAUUAACUAAAAUUCAAGGACCACAGCCGUUGCCACCACCACCAACGGACUAUAAAUUCCGUGAGAGUUCAGCAUCACCAGCACGUUCAUUAUCUCGAUGCGAUACACCUAGAGAUCGAUCUCUUGGACGAACGACACCAUUGAAGAAACCCGAUACGAUACCAUUUUAUCAAAAGAACCUUGUAGCAAUGGAACAUGAGCCUGUUGAAUCACAUCCAUAUGUUCCUAGUAGAUCUCCAACUCCUUGUCGAUCUAAAUCUCCAGCUGUAAAACAAGAACAAUCUUGUAACACUUAUUGUCCUUAUUCUUCUUCUUCUUCUUAUUCUGCUUAUCCAGAGCAAAAACAAACACGAAGUUAUUGUAUGGAAGAACAAACCCCUCAAAAAUCUCACUCUAUGAAUUAUGUUGAAACAAAAAGCUAUAAGAGUGAUAAUUAUUCUGAAAAUGAUUACAAACGUCAAAUGUAUUCCGCGCAAUAUGAGAAAAUAGAAAAAAAUCAAGCUGUUCAACCGUACCAGGGGAAUAAUGAACCAGUGAUGGAUAAUUCUUGUGAAAUAGCUAAAGUGUCACAUACACCACCAUCUCUACAAUGUCCAGUGGCAUCUUCACAAUCUGCUAUUUCUGAAAGAAUCCAACGGACUGGUGUUCGAGUACUUCCUACUCCAGAAACAACCAUCAAUUCAUCAUCUCAAGUAUGUGAAUCACGAAGAAUUUGUCAUGAAGAGCGUUCUAUAAAUACUAGCAAUAACAAUUAUUACUCGGAGAGUACUUGUUCUAAUUCUGGAGUAACUGUUCUACCUUGUAGAGCAAUAUCUGAUUCAGGAAGUCGUGCAGGUAUUGUGAUAGUCCCUUGUGAAGGUGAAAAUUAUUGUCCACAAGGAGGAGUGAGAGUAACACCAACUCCUGAUCGAGGAUUGUGUGUAUCUCCAGUGGUGCAUGGUAAAUCAUCAAGUAAAUGUUCAGGACAAGGUGGUGCUAGAUCUGGAGGCUGCGAAAUAGAUAUUGGAAACUGUCCAGCAUCUGGUGUAAAAGUUGCCACAUGUAAAGAUGGAUCAGUUUGCGUUGCGCCAUGCAAGUUACCUUGUAAUCAAUCCAAACCUCAACCAUGUCCACCACCUAAACCACUUCCAUUCCCUCACAUUCCUCUUCCCGGUCAAGAAGAUAAAUCUUCCUGCGACUCCUGUCCCAUGAAAAAACAACAAUGUAUUACCGAGAGCAUGACAGAAUCAAGCUGUAGCUUUAAACCAAUCAAUGGUCAGCCGCAAACUAAUUUAAGUAAUCAGCUAACGCGCUUGACGCUUAAACGUGAUAAGCACGUUGUUCAGCUAUUCAAACCACAAGCUCAAUCCUCACAAUGCUCAGAUGGUUUGCACUGUGGUGAAUCGGAUUUUCGUAACUCAGCCUCUGCGGCUGUAAACAACCAACCUAAUAAUUAUAUUCCCAAACUAAUUGAUAAACCCCGAAACUCAGACCCACCGAAUUUGUCAUCCUAUCCUGAUUUAGGUAGCGGUAUAGGGCCUGCAGGUGAUAAAAGUGGUAAAUUCGCUGGAAGUUCUGCACCAAAACGUGGACGAGGUAUUCUUAAUCAAGCUAUCGCUGCUGGCGGUCGACAACCACUAUGCGGACAUUGCCAUUCAUAUGUCAGAGGUCCAUUCAUUACUGCCCUUGGUCAGAUCUGGUGUCCAGAACACUUUGUAUGUGUAAACCCACAAUGUCGAAAAUCACUUCAUGAUAUUGGAUUUGUUGAAGAGAAAGGACAACUUUAUUGUGAAUAUUGCUUUGAACGUUUUAUUGCUCCUCCAUGCAACAAGUGUAACAAUAAGAUCAAAGGCGAUUGUUUAAAUGCUAUCGGAAAACACUUCCAUCCGGAGUGCUUUAGCUGUGCUUACUGUGGUAAACUCUUUGGUAACAGUCCAUUUUUCCUUGAGGAUGGAUUACCAUACUGCGAGGCUGAUUGGAACGAACUUUUUACAACGAAAUGCUUUGCUUGCGGAUUCCCAGUAGAAGCUGGAGAUCGUUGGGUAGAAGCUCUUAAUAAUAAUUAUCAUAGUCAAUGCUUUAAUUGUACAAUGUGCAAGAAAAAUCUCGAAGGACAAAGUUUCUACGCCAAAGGUGGUCGUCCCUUCUGCAAAAAUCAUGCACGCUAAAAUAACGAAAUAAACUAAAGAAAAUAAUUAUGAAAUAAAAUAAUAUAACGAAAGAAAAAAUCGAUUAAAUAACGAAACAAUAAUCCGUUGUAACUAAUAAUAAUAUAUUAUAAAUAAGAGUUUAGUUUAAUAAUAUACUGAUUGAAAUAGCACUUGAGAAUAUACUGGAAAAUUAUUUACUGAAAAUAAUUCUACUAAAUGAGUUCAACAUAAAACGGAUUGAAAGAGAAAUGAAUUUUUAUUAUAAUGCGGACAAUGGCCUCAAAAAAGAGAAAAGUUAAUUCAUGUUUCAAAUUGACUGUGAAUCGAAGGGUAAUUUUCCGUAGAUAAUUUUAUCUGAUAUGAGUUAUUCGAGAAAAAAAUAACAAAACAGUUUAUGCAAUAAAAUUAAACAAAGCUUCUAUAAAAGAGUGCAUAAAAAACAUUACACAUUUUAUUAUUUGGUGUAAUAUUUUGGUUUUAACAUUUAUCAUAUCUAUGUAAAAAAUAUGUGUACUUAUAUUUUCGAUUAUAAAGGAAAUAAUAUUAUAAAUAUAAUAAUAAACAAUAAAUAUAAUUAUAUAAAAAUAAUUUUUAAAAUUA